AUGUGGAAAAUUCAAGUUAUUGGACCUUGGAUACUUCUCAUUGUUAGCUUUUUUGCGAUUAUUUAUCAGUUUUUGCAGAUCCAUGAGCUACAGGUAAAAUAUUUGUUUUCUCAUUCGAAAAAAUAAUUGAAUUCUUUUUUAGAACACACGGCAAAAGCGACAACUCACGACAUAUCGAGAUGAUGAGCAAGAAUCUACAGUACUCCUACCAAUAUUCGCGCAGAUAUCUGUAAUCAAACGCUUUUUUAUUUUCUUGAAUUUGAUUGUAUUUUCAGAAGAAACAUAUCAGAAAAGUUUGCAUGGAACAGUUUCAUCAAUUUUCAAACUUGAAUUCGAUUCCGAUGAGCAAAAAAUCACCGAAAAUCAAGAAAGAAGAAAAAACGAGAAAUGAAAGAAGUAAACAUUUUCAGGAACAAGUUUUAAAAACCCCCAAUUGUUUCUUUUAGAAUGUUCUGGAGUUCAACCAAUAUUUUCACAACCACAAUUAAUUGGAGAAAGAAGAAAUCAAGAAGGUAUAUGUUAUGUCAACUCAAAAUUUUUUGUAUUUUCAAUUAUUGAUUAAUUUCAGCUUGUGCUUAUUUGGAUGGUUCAUUUUGGUAUAUUUGUGAAAUGUCACAUGGGUAUACAAUUCUAAGUUUUAAAGGAACACGCCAGUUAAAUGCAUCGAAUGCUCAAGCAGUUCAAUUUUUACCGUAUCCAUUUGAAGGUUUUUCUUUAUUGAUGUUAUUUUGAAAAAAUUGAAUUUUUUCAGGAACUGAUAAUACUGUUUUAAAUGAAACAAUGUAUUAUACGAGUGAUGAUCGUCUUAUUUCCUAUAACUUCCGCGAUGAAACUACAAAAACUCUGAAAUUCAAAACUUCACAUGAACCACUUUAUAUAAAUUCAACAUCAAGUGUUGAUAUUCAAGCUGAAGAGCAUGGCCUUUGGAUAAUAUAUAAACGAGAUGAUAUUCUGACAGUUAGCCGAAUGAAAAACAUGGAGGUAAAUUAAAAAAAACGCAAAAAAUCAAGCCACCUAGGGGACUCGAACCCCUGACCUUAAGAUUAAAAGUCUCACGCUCUACCAACUGAGCUAAGGAGGCCAGCGAGUGCAGAGACGGGCAUGAUCAAUUUAUUUCUGUGUGUGUGUGUGUGUUUAUGGGUGUGUUGUAAAAACCAACUGUUGAGUGUAGAUAAGAGAACAUUGUUUUAUUUUUCUGAACGGAAAAUUAGAAAGUUAGUUUCGAAUAACUAUUUCUUUUAAUAUAUUUCGAAAAUUUAGAUAGUUUCAAAUUGGACUCUUCCAUCAAUUGAUCCUGCAAAACUAUGUAAUCUUUUUAUUCGAUGUGCUGUUUUAUAUUCUGUAGAAUGUAAUGGAAAUGUAACACCAGUUUAUGAUUUUUGGAGUCAUAAUUAUAUAAGAGGAAAAGAAAUAAAAUGGAAUGGAUUGGGAAAUACUCUCUCAAAUGUUCAAUAUGAUCCAUUAUCCAAAUCAAUUGCAAUUUUCUCAGAUUCCAAAAUCUUCAAAGUUUCAGUCGAAUCAAUUCCUACUAAAUGA